AUGGUUGUAACGCUUUUCGUAACACGAUAUCUGAUCGCGUACCUCAAACAACAUCAUGAUACAUUUACAAUUGAAGGAGACUUUCGUGAAAUGACUGGUUUUGAUAAUCAACUUGGUGGUGAUCCAGAUGGAUGGAAAUUUUAUGCAUCUGAUGCAAUUAAUUAUUUCGAUCGAGCUAUUCGAGAAAAUGGGCAUCAAAAUAUAAUUUAA